AUGAAUUCUUUUUCCUUAACAUCUAAAGGAUUGGCCGGAGCUUUAAAGAUGCAAGCAAAUGAAGACUUCGCAUUCAUUGUUGGUGGCCAUCAAUAUGUUACAAAUAGGUUUUUUGCUGGAUUUUUAUCUCCAAAAAUUGCACAGAUGUGCUUAACAGACCCUUUCAUCGACACAUUUGAAAUAAAUAUCAAUGAUGAAUCAUUUCAGUUUCAAAAAAUUAUAGAUUUACAGAACGGAACACCUUUAUUAGUUUCAAAUCUCGAAGCAGAAUAUCUUACAUUGAUUGGAAACAUGCUAGGUAACGACGAAAUACUUAGCGAAGGAGUAAAAUUACAAUCAUCACGUGAAAAACUUUCAAUUCAGAACGCAUUACAAAUUUUAUCAAACAAAAAUCGCUAUUUACUUGAAGCAGACGAAGAAAUCAAAUUCGUUGCACUAAACUUUUGGAAUUUUCCAAUCGAAUCAUUAGAAAAAUUAGAUAUCCCGAUAUUAGAAAAAAUUCUUACAAAUGAACAACUAAAGAUAAACAAUGAAUCAGGAUUAUUCCAUUUUAUACUUAGAGUCAUCAAAUUACAUGAUUCUACUGCUCAUAUUCUUCUAAAUUACAUUCAUUACGAAUAUCUUCCACAAUCUGAUUUAAAUAUUUUCCUUAAGAUGAUUCAACCACAAGAUAUAACUGGUCCUAUAUGGAAAUCUCUAUGCUCAAGGCUUUUAAACACUCCUGAAGGAAGAGAUCAGAAAUCAAGUGAAAUUUAUGUACAUUACGAUAAGAAAGAUCCUCUGCAUGGCAUAAUAGCUGAUUUAACACCGGAAAACUCCUCAAAUUCCUCGAUAAAACAAAUUAUUGAUGUUACAGCUUCUUCUUCUGAGCAUAACCAGCCAUAUUACGUCAUAAUGCCUGAAAUGCAUGACUACUGGUACUCAGAAGAAGAAAAAAAUCCAUGGCUUAAAUUUGAUUUCAAACAAUAUCAAAUUAAACCAACGCAUUAUACUUUGCAGUCAUUUAAUUGUGGACAGGGAUAUAGCCAUAUGAAGAGCUGGGUCCUAGAAGGGCUAAAAGAAGAUGAUGAAUGGGAUAUCUUAGAUACUCGAACAGAUAACAAUGACUUGAACAAAGUAAAUGGAAGAGAAACAUUUGAAUGUGUAGCAAAUAGAUAUUAUAGAUAUAUUAGAUUAAGAAUGACCGGUAAAAACCAUUUUGAUGGUUAUUACAUGUGUCUUCAACGAAUAGAGUUCUUUGGAUCCUAUAUUAAGUAA